CAAUUAUCAAAGGAAACCCCAGUCGUUCUCUCUCCCCCAUUCCCCUCUCGGUGGUUCGUCAACGUUCCUACUGCAAAUCAACCUCUCCUUCUGAUCCUUCCAUUGAUUCUGCCGCUUCAAGUCGCGCCAACCCCGUCCCGUCUUCGGGAGCUCGGAGGAUUUCCCAGUGAAAGGGAUUGCGGCUGCAGGCCAUUGUGGUUUGAGAUCCAAUCUCCCCUACUCCGGCCUGACAAUUUCCCGAUUCUGUAUCGUUUCAGCUUGCUCAAUUCUGAAUCGAUUGCAUGAUCACUGCUGAAUGCGGCGAGAUUAGUAAUGUCGGUUUGAUCGAGCCAGCUGGGUUCUGACUUAAGAGGCCAGUUCAUUGAAUUGGAAUUCGGAUUUAAUUGGCAAUUUUGCUCGUCUAGCUCGAUUUGGAAUUGAUUCUGUGAGUUCAUCGCUUGUGUAGUUGGUUGUUGUUAUUGUUCAAGCUGAAGUAGAACCAAAAUGGCGCAAAGUAAUUGGGAGGCAGAUAAGAUGCUUGAUGUGUACAUAUACGAUUAUUUGGUGAAGAAGAAGUUGCAUAAUACCGCAAAGUCCUUCAUGACUGAAGGGAAAGUUUCCCCUGAUCCUGUAGCUAUUGAUGCUCCAGGAGGGUUUCUAUUUGAGUGGUGGUCUGUGUUUUGGGAUAUAUUUAUAGCUAGGACAAAUGAGAAACAUUCCGAGGCUGCAGCUGCAUAUAUAGAGGCACAACAAAUCAAGGCAAAGGAACAACAGCUGCAAAUGCAACAGUUACAGUUGAUGCGUCAAGCACAGAUGCAACGUGGAGGUCCUAAUACUUCAGCACUUGGAGGUCAGGUCAAUGCCAUCGGUUCCGAGGGUAUGUUGGGGCAACCAAAUGCGAGCGCAUUAGCUGCGAAAAUGUAUGAAGAUCGUAUGAAACACUCGAAUCAAAUGGACUCUGAAACAUCUCAACCUCUUCUUGAUCCAAGGAUGGCCCUCCUAAAAUCUGCAUCCAACCACCCUGGCCAGUUGGUCCAAGGAAAUCCUGGGAGUGUCUCCGCAGCAUUGCAGCAAAUCCAGGCACGAACCCAGCAGACCAACGACAUAAAAGGUGAAGUCAACCUUGGGGCUGCUCAGAGAUCUUUGCCAAUGGAUCCUUCUUCUAUAUACAGUCAAGGAAUUAUGCAAUCAAAACCUGGGAUGGGAAAUGCAGGAUUGAACCCUGCUGUUAGUGGUCUUCCAUUGAAGGGAUGGCCGUUAACUGGAAUUGAGCAGAUUAGACCAAAUUUAGGUCCACAAGCUCAAAGGCCUCCUAUUUUACAAAGUCAGUUCCAACUCCUGCCACAGCAGCAGCAACAACAGCUCUUGGCACAGGUCCAAGUUCAAGGCAAUUUGGCUGGUUCACAGAUUUAUGGUAACAUGGAUCCACAAAAGUUAAGAGGAUUGCCUAGAGGUGCCUUGAAUCCCAAAGAUGGCCAGCAAAAUGGAAACGAUGGAUCCAUUGGUUCUCCAAUGCAAUCAACUUCAUCAAAACAGAUGAAUGGACCACCAAUGCAGCAAUCAUCAUCUCAACAACUGGAUCCUUUGCAACCACAGCAACCGCAGCAGAGUAACCGGAAGAGGAAAGGACCUUCAUCUUCUGGACCUGCUAAUAGUACAGGCACAGCAAACACAGUUGGACCUAAUUCUCAGCCAUCAACACCAUCAACGCAUACUCCUGGUGAUGGAAUUACUGCUCCCAACAAUAUGCAGCAUGUCAGUAACAUGUCCAAAGGCAUGAUGAUGUAUGCUGCGGAUGGUGCUGGAGCUCUUGCAUCAUCGACCAAUCAGCUGUUGCAGGAAGACAUAGAGAACUUUGGAGAUGUUGGAGAUGUUGAAUCUUUCCUAUCACAGGAGGAAGGAGAUGGAAGAGAUUUAUUUGGUACAUUAAAGAGGAACCCCUCUGAGCAUGCUGAAGCUUCAAAGGGUUUUUCUUUCAAUGAAGUUGGUUCUAUACGUGAAAGCAAUAGCAAAGUUGUCUGCUGUCAUUUCUCUACAGAUGGCAAGUGGUUAGCUAGUGCUGGGCAUGACAAGAAGGUUGUUCUUUGGAAUAUGGAAACCCUGAAAACUGAGAGUACUCCUGAAGAUCAUACCCACAUCAUAACUGAUGUGCGGUUUAGGCCAAAUUCAACCCAGCUGGCAACAUCUUCAUUUGAUACAACUGUGAAACUUUGGGAUGCGGCAGAGCCAAGAUACCCGCUGCAGUCCUAUACGGGACACACCUCUCAUGUGAUGUCCCUUGACUUCCAUCCUAGGAAGUAUGACCUUUUCUGCUCCUGUGACGGUAAUAACGAGAUUCGGUUCUGGAACAUGAAUCAGUAUUCUUGUGUUCGCGUAUCCAAGGGAGGUACAGCACAAGUUAGGUUUCAGCCAAGAACUGGACAACUACUGGCUGCUGCAGCAGAGAAUGUUGUGUCCGUCUUUGACGUUGAGACUGACAGACAGACUCACUCUUUGAAGCAGGGGCAUGCCACCGAGGUGCACUCUGUUUGCUGGGAUAUCAAUGGAGAAUUCUUGGCAUCUGCAAGUCAGGAAUCUGUCAGGGUCUGGUCAUUGGCCUCCGGAGAGUGCGUUCAUGAACUUACUUCCAGUGGGAACAAGUUCCAUUCUUGUGUUUACCACCCAACCUUCUCGACUCUCUUAAUCAUUGGGAGCUAUCAGUCAAUGGAGCUGUGGAACAUGGCAGAGAACAAGUGCAUGACAGUUCCAGCUCACAACUGUGUCAUAUCAGCUCUGGUAGCAUCUCCUGUUACAGGGAUGAUUGCCUCCGCAAGCCAUGACAAAUGUGUUAAGAUCUGGAAGUAGGCUUGCUGCUUGCUUGGUCUAGCAACUGCUCCCGUCCCCUUUCGCUUGGAAUGGUUCCCGUCUUGAGACUCAAAUCCACCCUUCAUUUUCAGCCGCUGACAAUUUUUCUUCAAGAAAGCAGAGAACAAAAAGAAGAAAAUAAUCUUAUUACGACCCAGAAAGAGCAAUACAUGUAAUGUAAUAUCAGGUGUCCUUUAUUCCCAUUGAUUUAGUGUUCUUCUUGUGCAAUAAGGAUCGGUGGGGGAUGUAAGUAUCCUCUCCUCUUAGGUUGCAUUGCCUGGAGAUUUUAGUUCUCCCGUUCUCUGUGUAAAAUAUUUCUCGAUGAGUUUUGCUCUAAAUAGAGAUGAUGUUUCACUAUGUUUCUUUCACAUACGAAAAAAGUGGUUGAAUUUUGUGUAUCCUUUUUCUCAACGAUCAAGUUCUAGUUGUGUG